AUGGUCCACAAAGUCCUCUUCUGGAGCGGCUUCGGCAUUGCCAUCCGCCUUUGGCAACUCGGAAUCGAGAUGCGCCCCAUCCUCGCCAAAGAAUCCCUCUGGGUCUACCCUCUUUUCGCUGGUGUCGGUGGCAGCUUCGGCUACUGGAUGCAGGGUGUUGAGAACCGUCAGCUCAAGAUGCUCGCUCAGCGACGAGAGGCCAUCCUCGAGAAGCGCCGACGACGGGAUGAGCGGGAAGGAACCAGCAAGCUUGAGGAGGGUGCUGUUCUGGCCGCCGCCUAA